AUGUCGGGAUAUCCAGGUGGUGGUCAGCGCGACCACUACGAUGAUGGCUACGGCCCUCCUCAGGGAGGUAACCAACAGCAAGGCGGAAACACGGACUCCUACUAUCAAGACGAUCAAUACUACGACCAAGGCCAUGAUAACCGCGGUCAUAACCCUAACUCGAAUAACAACAACAACAACAACGAUGGGUAUUAUGAUGAAUCCGGUUAUUACAACGCCGAUGCCAACAACCCUUAUCAAAAUGACGGAGGCUACUACGACGGCCACGACCAGUAUCAAGAUGGUUACUAUGAUAAUGGGCAGGGCGGCUACUACGACCAAGACUAUGAUCGUGGGUACCAGGGACAGGGUGCCCGUCAAGGCUCCGAAGAGGAUUCUGAAACCUUUAGCGACUUCACUAUGAGAUCGGAUAUGGCUCGCGCUGCCGAGAUGGAUUACUACGGCCGCGGGGAUGAACGUUACAACAGCUAUAACGAUGGGCAACGUGGUUAUAGACCUCCCUCCUCACAAAUUUCCUACGGGGGAAACCGCUCUUCCGGCGCAUCAACCCCCAACUUUGGCAUGGAUUACGGCAAUGCUCUACCUCCUGGCCAACGCUCCCGGGAGCCUUAUCCUGCCUGGACCUCGGAUGCACAGAUUCCGUUGUCGAAGGAGGAGAUCGAGGACAUCUUUCUUGAUCUGUGUUCCAAAUUCGGCUUCCAACGAGAUAGCAUGCGGAACGUCUACGACCAUCUGAUGAUCCUCCUCGACUCUCGAGCCUCUCGAAUGACACCAAAUCAGGCUCUGCUCUCCCUUCACGCUGAUUACAUUGGCGGUGAUAACGCCAACUUCCGCAAGUGGUACUUCGCCGCCCACCUGGACCUUGACGAUGCCGUCGGAUUUGCCAACGGUCUUGGUAAAGGCAGGAAGAAGAAGGGCAACAAGAAGAAGAAGAAGGACCCCGAGGCCAGCGAAGCCGAAACCCUACAGGAUCUCGAAGGAGAUGACAGCUUGGAGGCUGCCGAGUAUCGCUGGAAGACCCGCAUGAACAAGAUGUCGCAGCAUGACCGUAUCCGUCAAAUCGCCUUGUAUCUGCUCUGCUGGGGUGAAGCCAAUCAGGUUCGCUUUAUGCCCGAGUGCUUGUGUUUCAUCUUCAAGUGUGCGGACGAUUACCUUAACUCUCCUGCAUGUCAGGCUCUCGUUGAGCCGGUGGAGGAGUUCACAUUCCUCAACAACGUUAUUACUCCUCUUUACCAAUAUUUGAGAGACCAAGGUUACGAGAUCUCUGAUGGUGUGUACGUUCGCCGCGAGCGUGACCACAAGAACAUCAUUGGUUAUGAUGAUUGUAACCAGCUUUUCUGGUAUCCUGAGGGUAUCGAUCGCCUCGUCCUCCACGAUAAGAGUAAACUUGUGGAUGUACCACCUGCCGAGCGAUACGUCAAGCUUAAGGAUGUGAACUGGAAGAAGUGUUUCUUCAAGACUUACCGCGAAUCGCGUUCAUGGUUCCAUCUCCUGGUUAACUUCAACCGUAUCUGGAUCAUUCAUUUGACCAUGUUCUGGUUCUAUACGUCCCACAAUGCCCCAAGUAUCCUUGUCGGUCCCAAAUACGAACAGCAGCUUAACCAGUCUCCGUCAACAGCCAAGCAGUUCUCUAUCGUUGGCUUUGGUGGCGCUAUUGCUUCUCUCAUUCAGGUUCUUGCUACUCUCGCGGAGUGGGCAUAUGUACCCCGACGAUGGGCUGGUGCUCAGCAUCUUACCAAGAAGCUCUUUUUCCUGAUCUUUAUCUUGGUACUAAACAUUGCUCCUGGUAUCAAGGUUUUCUUUCUUGAAGGCAUUGGUGGGAAGAAGAUUGACACAGCCAUUGGUAUUGUUCACUUUGUCAUUGCUUUGAUUACCUUCCUCUUCUUUUCCAUCAUGCCACUGGGCGGCCUUUUUGGCAGUUACCUGUCUACGAACAACAGGAAGUAUGUUGCCAGUCAAACCUUCACUGCCAGUUGGCCCACGCUCCGCGGCAACGAUAUGGCAAUGUCGUAUGGACUCUGGGCCGUUGUCUUUGGCGUCAAGAUGGGUGUCUCUUACAUCUACUUGAUUCUGUCCUUCCGUGAUCCCAUUCGAUACUUGAAUAUCAUGAACGUCGACUCAUGUCAAGGAGACAGCCUUCUCCUCGGGAAUCAGCUUUGCAGAUGGCACCCAACAAUUGUUCUGGCCUUGAUGGCAUUCACAGAUGUCAUCUUUUUCUUUUUGGAUACGUAUCUAUGGUAUGUUCUUCUGAACACUGUUUUCUCGGUUGCCCGGUCCUUCUACAUUGGAUCUUCCAUCUUGACGCCUUGGAGAAACGUAUUCUCCCGUCUUCCCAAGCGUGUCUACUCCAAGAUCCUUGCCACGACGGACAUGGAGAUUAAGUACAAACCAAAGGUUCUCAUUUCUCAAGUUUGGAACGCCAUCGUCAUCUCCAUGUAUCGUGAGCAUCUCUUGGCUAUCGAGCAUGUUCAGAAGCUGUUGUACCACCAAGUUCCUUCCGAGCAGGAGGGUAAGCGAACUCUGCGAGCCCCGACCUUCUUCAUUUCCCAGGAAGAUCAUUCCUUCAAGACCGAAUAUUUCCCUGCUUACAGUGAAGCCGAGCGUCGAAUCUCAUUCUUUGCCCAAUCUCUGUCUACACCUAUCCCGGAGCCUUUGCCUGUCGACAACAUGCCCACAUUCACUGUCAUGAUUCCACACUACAGCGAGAAGAUUCUUCUCUCGCUUCGUGAAAUUAUUCGGGAAGAUGAACCUUACUCUCGUGUUACGCUUUUGGAAUACUUGAAGCAACUUCACCCUCAUGAAUGGGACUGCUUUGUCAAAGACACCAAGAUUCUGGCUGAUGAGACCUCUCAGAUGAAUGGAGAAACCGACAAGGAUGAGAAGAACACCGCCAAGACCAAGAUCGAUGAUUUGCCCUUUUACUGCAUUGGAUUUAAAUCUUCUGCGCCUGAGUAUACCCUGCGUACCCGUAUCUGGGCCUCUCUUCGUUUUCAGACUCUGUACCGUACUAUCUCUGGCUUCAUGAACUACAGUCGUGCUAUCAAACUUUUGUACCGCGUCGAAAACCCCGAGGUUGUGCAGAUGUUCGGUGGCAACACUGACAAGCUUGAGCGCGAGCUUGAGCGUAUGGCCCGUCGCAAAUUCAAGAUUGUCGUUUCUAUGCAGAGAUUCUCGAAGUUCAAGAAGGAGGAGAUGGAAAACGCCGAAUUCUUGCUUCGCGCUUAUCCUGACCUCCAGAUUGCUUAUCUUGAUGAAGAGCCUCCAGUUGCCGAAGGCGAAGAGCCUCGCUUGUAUUCGGUUCUUAUUGAUGGUCACUCUGAAAUCAUGGAGAACGGCAUGCGACGUCCUAAGUUCCGCGUCCAGCUUUCUGGCAACCCCAUUCUCGGUGACGGCAAGUCUGACAACCAGAACCACUCUAUUAUCUUCUACCGUGGCGAAUACAUCCAGCUCAUCGAUGCCAACCAAGACAACUAUCUGGAAGAGUGUCUCAAAAUCCGCAGUGUUCUCGCUGAGUUCGAGGAGAUGAAGACCGACAAUGUUUCUCCUUAUACUCCUGGUGUCAAGAAUGAUGUCUCUGCACCUGUGGCUAUUUUGGGUGCCCGUGAGUAUAUUUUCUCCGAGAAUAUUGGUAUUCUGGGUGAUAUCGCCGCUGGAAAGGAACAAACCUUUGGUACACUCUUCGCUCGAACUAUGGCACAGAUUGGUGGCAAGCUUCAUUACGGACAUCCCGAUUUCCUGAACGGUAUCUUCAUGACAACUCGUGGUGGUGUUUCCAAGGCCCAGAAGGGUCUUCACUUGAACGAAGAUAUUUACGCUGGUAUGACUGCUCUCCUCCGUGGAGGGCGUAUCAAGCAAUGUGAAUACUUCCAAUGUGGUAAAGGUCGUGAUUUGGGAUUUGGCUCUGUUCUCAACUUCACAACCAAGAUUGGUACUGGUAUGGGUGAACAAUUCUUGUCGCGCGAGUACUACUACCUGGGUACUCAACUGCCUCUGGAUCGGUUCUUGUCGUUCUACUACGCCCAUCCUGGUUUCCACUUGAACAACAUGUUCAUUAUGUUUUCAGUACAGAUGUUCAUGAUUACUAUGGUCAACCUUGGAGCUCUCCGUUAUGAGACAAUCCCCUGCGAGUACAACCGAAACGUUCCCAUCACCGAUCCUCUUUAUCCUACCGGCUGCGCCAACACUGAUGCACUUACGGACUGGAUUUACCGAUGUAUCGUGUCUAUUCUUUUCGUUCUGUUCCUCUCUUUCAUUCCCCUUAUCGUCCAGGAACUUUCGGAACGUGGCAUUUGGCGUGCUUUCGUUCGAUUGAUGAAGCAAUUCUGCUCUUUGUCGCUCAUGUUCGAAGUUUUCGUCUGUCAGAUCUAUGCGAACUCUGUACAGCAGAAUAUUUCAUUCGGUGGUGCGCGAUAUAUUGGUACAGGUCGUGGUUUCGCCACAGCACGAAUUCCUUUUGGUGUCUUGUACUCACGAUUCGCUGGACCAGCUAUUUACUUCGGCGCUCGUUUGCUCAUGAUGCUUUUGUUUGCAACCCUGACAGUCUGGAAGGGCGUCCUGAUCUACUUUUGGAUCACCCUUCUUGCGCUGACUAUUUCGCCCUUCCUUUACAACCCCCAUCAAUUUGCCUGGACAGACUUUUUCAUCGAUUACCGAGAUUACCUUCGUUGGUUGUCGCGUGGUAAUUCCCGCAGCCACGCUUCAUCUUGGAUCUCGUACUGUCGUCUUUCUCGAACUCGUCUUACUGGUUACAAACGCAAGACACUUGGAGAUCCAUCUGCCAAAGCAUCAGCUGAUGUUCCUCGAGCCCCUUUCGCCAACAUCUUCUUUAGUGAGAUUUUCUCGCCGUUGAUGCUCGCUGUCGUGACAAUAUUACCGUACCUUUUUGUCAAUGCUCAAACCGGUGUUACGCCAGCGAACAAUCCAUCGAACAGGAAUAAGAUCCAGCCCACUCAAUCGCUAAUGCGGCUGCUUGUUAUAGCUUUUGCGCCUGUUGCCGUCAAUGCCGGCGUCUUAGCUGCUAUGUUCGGCAUGGCCUGUUGUAUGGGACCUCUCCUCGGCAUGUGUUGCAAGAAGUUUGGUAGUGUUCUCGCCGCUAUUGCUCAUGCCACUGCAGUAAUCUUCCUUCUGAUUUCCUUCGUGGGCAUGUUCGUUCUGGAGAGCUUCAACUUUACACGCACUGUGGCCGGUAUGAUUGCUGUGAUUUCGAUCCAGCGUUUCUUUGUCAAGUUGAUUGUUUCGACAUGUCUCACUCGCGAAUUCAAGGGCGAUGCUUCUAACAUUGCCUUCUGGAGCGGAAAGUGGUACUCGAUGGGAUGGCACACAAUCUCUCAGCCUGCUCGUGAGUUCCUUUGCAAGAUUACUGAGCUGUCCAUGUUCUCUGCCGAUUUCGUUUUGGGCCACUGGCUGCUCUUUUUUAUGGCGCCCGUCAUCUUGAUCCCCAAGGUUGACAUGCUUCACUCCAUGAUGUUGUUCUGGCUCCGUCCCAGUCGACAAAUUCGACCUCCUAUCUACUCGAUGAAACAGUCUAAGCUUAGACGAAGACGUGUGAUCCGUUAUGCCAUCCUCUAUUUUACCCUCCUGGUCGUGUUCAUUGCUCUCGUUGCUGGACCUGCCGUAGUUGGUAAACUCAUGGGUGAAUCACUCAGCAAGACUAUUGAGAAGAUGAUUCCUCUGGAGGGACUUGUGCAGCCAAACUAUCUUGAUCAUAACAACACAAACAGUACCUCGGUCACUGGUAUCAAAGAUCCCAAAUAUACUGGCCCUGGCCUCACAAUGACUGGUAGCAAGCGCGUCGCAGCAUCGGCGACCGGCAAGAUCAAGCUAUUCUAA